AUGGAUCUCCCGGUAAGGCUGCUCUACAAGAAGCCCACCAAAGCGAUUCUCUUCCUAGAAGCUAACAUGGAGUUUGUGGACCAUCUCUUCGGCUUCCUUUUGGUGCCAAUCGGCCGGAUGCUCAAGCUCACGGGUUCCAGCAAUCUGGGAGCUAUUGCAAAUGUCUACUCGAGCGUCGAGAAGUUCCAGUCCGGCAACAUGGUGGUGGCUAAAGAGCUGCUCACGAAUCCACAAAUUCCACCGACUUAUCGUAUAGCUACUGACCAUUCCGGCUAUCGUCAUUCACAAACACCGCGUUAUUAUGUGAAGGAUGAUUCGGCACAAGCUACUUUCGUGAAGGGAGGUGUCGAGUACAUCGUAACCAAUGAUCUCGAGAUCUUUCCAGCGCCAGCGUCGACUACCAAGACCCUUGAGCUGCUCCGCAAAAUGAAACUUGAGAACAUCCGCGACCUUGGCAUUGCGGAGAUUGCCGUCACUCCGGCUCGCGUGCAGGAGCUGCUGAGACGAUCACUGGUUUCGAACACUGUUCUCACGGAUAUCUUCCUGGGCGAUCUCAAGGAUGCCUCGUCGGGUGAGAGCUUGUGA